ACUGUCAUCCCGUUAACCGACUUGGAGUCACACAGACACACGCACGCACGCGCGCACCGAAAACUGAGGCGCGAUGCGUUUUGACAUGUCACGCGCGCCCGCAAAAAAAAAAAAAAAAAAAAAAAAAGCGCCAGUGACUCAAACGCGCUUAAUCCAGCGGUACGUUGGAUUGGGCGGGAAUAGUCGGGUGAGGAAACACGGGAUUGGGCGGAUGGAAGAGCCAAACUGCUGCUGUGACUCAGAUGAGGAGAUGAAUCCACAUCACUUCACUCCACUUUACCUCAGCUGAGACAACCGGACGGAGUUUCCGUUCGGCGAUCACGGAAAAAGCGAGGUUUUAUGUCCAUAUUAUUGACCUAAUUGGAAUUAAUAACAGUUUUGGACAAAUAGAAGAUCAUUUAAGAACAUUGUACUAUUUAACGAUGGCUUUCAUGGUAAAACACGUAGUCGGCGGUCAGCUGAAGAAUCUGACAGGAGGUCUGACAGAAGAGAAAUCUGAAGGGGAUAAAUCCGAUGCCGCUGCUAAAGGAAUGACACAAGAAGAGUUUGAAGAGUACCAACAACAGCUAGAGGAGGAAAAGCAGGAGCGAGACGCCAAUUUUGCCCAGAAGAAGGCGGAGAGGGCGACAAUCAGGACUCACUUCAGAGACAAAUACAGGUUGCCAAAGAACGAGCUGGACGAGACUCAGAUCCAGGCGGCGCGGGACGAUGUCGAGCUCCCCACUGAACUGGCCAAGAUGAUCGCCGAGGACAACCAGGAAGAGGAGCAGAAGCAGUCCGUCCUGGGUCAGCUGACCAACAUCCAGAACGUGGACAUGGGUCAUCUGAAGGGCAAGGCUCAGGCCACACUGGAGGACCUGAAGAACUCUGCGGAGAAGUGCUGCGUCAUGUGAUCUCCUCAUCUCCGUGUCUCUCCAAACACUCGCUGCCGACAAACAUCCGCAUCCAUAUAUCCAGUGUGACGUGUAGCUUUCAUGAUGCUAAUGUAGUUCUAGGAGUUUAAAUGUCAUCAGAUAUAGACCCCCCCGCUCAGGUCGCAUUUCACCUCACGGGAAAAAGUAUAUUUUGCAUCAGUCAUGUUCUCAUGAAAAUAACGUCACAAUGCAAAAAAAAAAUAUGCAAGUAUAAUUUCUUGACUUUGGGGUGAAAUACGACCCUGACCUGCUCCGGUCUGAACGCGUUAGCGGCGGGUUUAUCACAGCAAUAGCGUAGCGGGAACGACUCGGUGCGUCUGUAUGAAGGGCUUAUGGGAGCAGGAAUGGAAGUAGAACCCGGAUCAUCCAUUGACCUUUCACCUUGACCCCUGAUGUCAUUGACCCUUCAUUGAGUGGUGCUGUUUUGUGCAGGUGGUUUGGUGUCGUCGUUGUUCCCUCUUAUGGAGACUCAAAAUAAUGAUGUGAAACGAGCUGAAGGAUCUUCACUGAAUGAAGUCAUGCUGGGAUUGAUUUGGGUUUUGAGUGAAGAAGCAAUAAUCUGCUUCCAUCGCGUGAUGUUUGCCAAUCAACAUAAAGCAAUAUUAGCGUCUCUGACCGACGGGACAGAGCUGAUAAAAAAGGCUGAAUUUUAUUUCACCCAUAAGAUUAUUGUGUAUUUAUUUCUUUAUUAAUGGCAAGAGUGGUGUUUGUUUUACUUAUGCCCUCGAUAGUUGUUUCCGAUGCAUAAGUUACGUAAUUACCAAUGUAAUGCAUUCAUGUCAUUAUUCUGCUGUAAUUUCCAGACCUGCUGAUUUUUGACUGUUGAAAGUGUAAUAAAUAUAUUUGUACAAAGA